AUGGCUGGAGGUACGUUUCAGCGACGUCACACAAUGGCUUCACGUCACGAAGAUCCAGUUGAAUAUUGUAUUUCUGAUAAAGUUGUUGAAAGAAGUUCCACGAGAGAAAAAUUAACUCAAGGUAUGACAAGCCGACGAAGAUCCUAUUCAGAACCUGCUUAUUAUUCUAGCACCUUCACUGACUUUUUCCCGGAUUCUGAAGGAAUGUUGGGAUCUCAUUUGCAUCUUGGUACUUCAGAUGAUCGCAUGGGAGAAAGUUGGGAUGAUGCGAAACGUUUUUUAAUCGAAUCACGUAAACUCGAUUUAGAAAUCUCUAAAGAUGUAGAACGCGUAACUUUUAACCACAUUUUGCCAUUUAAAAAACCUGACGAAAAUGUUUCUGAUAUUAUUUGA